GUGCAGUUCACUAGGGGCCCCCCAGGUGGCGCUGGUUAAUGUCAGCGCAGGCGGUAUGGAGUCGUUGUACUUCCCUAGGCUGUGCAGCAGUGGGCGCUCUGUACUCAACUCGUACUGCGCAUGCUCCUGGUCGCCAUGGCCCAUGCCGGGGAGAAGAGGAAGCGGGCGGAUGAGGAGGAGAAUGGCGGCAGCGGGGAUGCGGAGACCCUGGCGGGACCACAGCAUCCACUCUCCGGGUUUCGGCUGCAGACUGUCCUGCGGGAGUCAGCCCGGGACAAAAGCAUCUUCCUGCACGGACAGGUGACGAGUGACGGUCAGGACACAGAAGAUGCAGUCGUCAUCCUGGAGAGGGCGCCCUUCCAUGUGGAUGCAAUCUCUCCUCUACUUGGCAAUAACCCAGAGCUGAAGCUCCAGCUAAAGAAUGAUAUAUACAGUGUUUAUCAGCUGACUCCCCCACCAGCGCUAAGCGAAGUGAAAACGACGAUCAUCCGUCCAGCCACCGCUAAGCAUAUAAAGAAGUAUCUGCGUCAGGAGGUUUGUCUGAUCCAUGAAACUGGCGAGGACUAUAAGAGCAUCACCUUACCCUUCAUAGAGUCCCAGAGCUUCAGCAUCCAGUGGGUCUAUAAUAUCCUGGAGAAGAAGGCAGAGGCUGACCGGAUUGUCUAUGAGAACCCAGAUCCAGAACAAGGUUUCAUCCUCAUUCCUGACUUCAAGUGGAACCAGAAACAAGUAGAAGAUUUGUAUCUCAUCGCCAUUUGUAACCCGCGGGGCAUCAAGUCUUUACGGGACCUUACCGCGGACCAUCUGCCUCUGUUAAAGAACAUCCUGCGGGAAGGGCAGGAAGCCAUAUUGAAGCGUUACAGUAUCCCAGGAAACCAGCUACGAGUCUAUCUGCACUACCAGCCGUCCUACUAUCACUUACACGUGCACUUCACUGCGCUCGGACACGACGCUCCGGGGACUGUGGUUGAGCGCGCACAUCUCCUGUGUGACGUCAUACAGAAUCUAGAGAUGGACCCGCAAUACUACAGGACGCGGGCACUGACGUACGCGCUGCGGGCAGACGAAGCUCUGCUGAAAGCUUUUAAAGAAGCUGGAAAGUGCUGAGAGACUUUAUUUAUUUAUUUUAUAGUUUUUUAUUUUAUUUUUACAUUGUAAUUUUUUUAUAAUUGUUUGGGGGUAUUUUGAUGGAUCUAUUCUUGUGAAAGUGUCAUGUGUGUCUAAUUGUUCACUUUUCAUCUCCGUUGACCUCAUUGGCAUUAAUGUGAUCUCAGUGGUCAGGCCGCCCUCUUUUAUAUCUGCCAUUUUUGUAUUUUUAUGUAUUCUUUAUUUGAAAGGUUUUUCCAGCACAAUAAACUUGAAAUAUUCAAAAUGUGCAUUGUAAGCGACAAUUAAA